AUGUCCAAUGAAGAACCCAUCGAAGUUGACGCCGUUGAUCUUGAAGACAUGCUCAAAUGUAACCUUCCAACAUCUCGAGUUAAGAAGAUUUGUCGUUUGGAUCCUGAUUUGGGCAUGAUUGCAAGCGAUGCUCUUCUGUUCGUGACAAAAGCUACGGUAAGCACUGGCUUUUCGUAUUGUUCUUUGAGUGAGAUGUAAAU